GCUAGCCUGGAAGCCCAGGGGGAGAGCGGGUGCCCCGUGCGGCCCCGUCGCGGCCCGGGAUCCCAAAACGGUGACAGCAGCAAUGGCCCAAGAAGCAAUGGACGUUGACCUUCAGGUGGUAGAAGGAGAACCUGCUAUGGAACACCAGGAGGCUGUCCCUGCUGAAGCAUUUGUUGGGCAGGUGGACCCCCCACUCCUCCCUGUUCCUCAGGUGCCUAUUGAAGUGACUGAGGAAGUUGUAUCCUCUGGCCUGGAGAAUGAGGAGAAUCUGGACCCUGGAGCCAUAGCAGCAGAAGAUACAGUAGGAGCUGAUGUGAAUCCUGGCCUCCCAGAGUCUGCCCUGAACUCAAUGAACAGCUUUAUUGACAGGCUACAGCAGUUGCAUGGGGUGCUAGGCCUCUUGAGGCAGCCUUCCCAGCAGAUCUCCCAAUCAGUGCGAACAAGGAGGAGGGCCGUCCGUCUUCAGAGGAGGAUAGGAGGGUCUCAGAGGACCUCGGACUACAGAUCGAGGGCACCGUUGGACGCCUACUUUAGGGUCAACAGGACACAACCUCUCCUACCAGCAGACCCGCCCAACCCCAAUGACGACGACAACGACGAUGACGAUGACCCUGGCUCUGAAGACAUCCAUGUGUCUAGUGGCUCUGAUACGGAGAGUAACACUUCCAGUGAGGAGGAGGAGGAAGAGGAGGAGGAGGAGGAAGAGGAGGAGGUGGACAUCCAGGAUGAGGACCCAGACCCAGAUAUUGGUCUUGAAGUUUCUGGAGAGGAUCCUGCAGAGACUAUUCCAGAAGACCCUUCAGCCCAGCAGGAAGCCACUCCUGCUUCUGAAGCAGUGGUCCCCCUCCAACAGUCUCCAGUGAAGCCUGAACCAAUCCCUCCACCAGCCACAUCUACCACGGGUCCCUCAGAUGAAGAAGAAGGAGACACUUGCGCCAUCUGCUUUGAGCAGUGGACCAGUGCUGGAGACCACCGUCUCUCCGCACUGCGGUGUGGGCAUCUUUUUGGGUACAAGUGCAUCUCUAAGUGGCUCAGAGGACAAGCUGGGAAAUGUCCCCAGUGCAACAAGAAAGCCAAACGCUCAGACAUUGUGGUUCUCUAUGCCCGAACCCUAAAAGCCCUGGAUACCAGUGAACAGGAGCGCAUGAAAAGUUGCCUACUCAAAGAGCAAAUGCUGAGGAAGGAGGCUGAGUUAGAAUCAGCCCAGUGCCGGCUCCAGCUGCAGGUGCUUUCUGAUGAAUGUAACAAGCUUCGAAAUCAUGUCCAGGAGCUGAAGGUUCUUGUGGCUCAGCAUGGGUCGGGUUCUGCUCAGCCUGGCAUCUCACAGGCGUGUUUACAGAACUGUCUGCCUCUCAGCCAGAACCAGCACAAGUACCAGUUUCAGAAGGCCUUCACAGUGUCACAAGAAGGGAGGUGCCGCAUCAUGGCGUACUGCGAUGCCCUGAGCUGUCUGGUAGUGUCCCAGCCCUCUCCUCAGGCCACCUUCCUUCCUGGCUUUGGUGUGAAGAUGAUCAGUAUGGCAGACAUGAAAAGCAGUCAGUACAUCCCAAUGCACAGCCGAGAGAUCCGGGGGCUGGCAUUCAGCAGCAGGCAGAAUAGCUGGCUCUUGUCAGCCGCACUAGAUAAUACAGUCAAGCUAACGAGCCUGGAGACUAAUACAGUGGUCCAGACAUACCACACUGGGCGUGCAGUCUGGAGCUGCUGCUGGUGCCUUGAUGAUGAAAAUUAUAUCUACGCUGGGCUGGUCAAUGGCUCCAUUCUGGUGUAUGACUUGAGAGACACGAGCUCCCACGUCCAGGAGUUAGCCCCCCAGAAAUCCAGGUGUCCUCUGGUUUCACUCUCCUACUUACCCCAGAUGGCUUCAGCAGCAUUUCCUGCUGGCGGGAUAUUGGCUGGAAGCUUAGAAGGUGCCUGCUUUUGGAGGCAGAGUAGCAGUAACUGCUUUGACCCUCACUGCCUUCCACUGGAGCCUGGAGGCUGCACUGACCUUCAGGCAGAGACCCAUAGUGGACACUGCCUUGUCACCUACCGGCCCAAUAAAAACCAUGCAUCCGUGCACAGUGUGUUGCUGGAACUGACCUGCAGUUUGAACGAAGCUACUGAGCCAGUCUAUUCAUGUCGACCCAUUCAGACAUUCCUUGCUGGAACCACUUGCAAACUCCUGACCAAAAAUGCCAUAUUCCAGAGCCCAGAGGAGAAUGGUAGCAUCCUGGUGUGUGCUAGUGAUGAAUCUUCAAAUUCUGCCAUGAUCUGGGAUGCGGGAAGUGGCAGUCUCCUCCAGAAGCUCCAGGCUGACCAGCCUGUGGUGGCUAUCAGCCCCUUCGAAUUCAACCAGAACAGCUACCUGGCUACCUUGACAGAGAAGGCUGUCAAGAUUCAUAAAUGGGAAUGA